UUACAUUUAGGUCCGCGGGAUCACUGCAAUCCCAAUAGUGCGGACAGGAGCAGGCACCAGGAAUAUUGCUACGAGAGAACUAUUGCCCAUCAUUUAUAGCUUCUUCACCCAUCUUUUGCUGUUGAAAUUGCUUGUGACAUAUUUUCAAUCCUUUUGUCCGGCGUGUUAAUCGAUAGAUUUGCAUAACUGACGAGAGCACUGAAGGGUAGAGCUGGCUCCAAAAAUCUUUCCGUCUGUUUCACGGACGUUCCCGCUUCUGCUAUCGUUUCGAGUUGGUGUCUUGACGUGAUUUUUGUCUCACUGCGAGAGCCAUGAGUUCCUCCAUGAAGACUACGAAUUUAGGUCAGAGGAUGGGCGACAACAGAAGUUUUGAUCUCAUCCAAAAUCGGAUUGAAUCUUUAAGUGGAAAGAUGGACAAGCUCAUCAACCUUCAAGAGAAGGUCCUUAUUCGGCUAGAUGGCAAGUCCGGUGCGACUGAGAAGGAAGAGACGGAGAAUGUCAAGAGCUUCGUCUCAACUGUGGAAGUCAAUCAGUCGCAGGGACAGGACGUCAAGAAGAUAUACCAGGAAAUGAGCACCAUCAUGUCGGUGGUCAACCAGCGGUCUGAGAUUCAGACGCAGAAGCUGGAGGGGAUGGAGAAACUGGUCCUCAGCAUGCAGCAGGUGAUCAGCUUCAUCGGCGAGACGAUCAAGAGCUCCAGGCUUAUGGAACUCAUGUUCAAAGGUCCGGCUGACAGCAAGGCUAACAAAGUCUCAAAGAGGAAAUCAUCUGACAAUAUUAAAAAGCCAGACAAGAAAACUACCUCUAACACAGCCCUAAAAAAGAAUGAAGAGGUCUCACUGUCAUCUGACACAUCAGAGCACGAUGGACCAAAGCAUUUUGCCGCCCCUCGCAAUUACGGAACCUUUUUGAAGAACCAGAAGAAAGAUGGCGCAGAAAAGCCUUGUUUGAGCCUCGAAGCUCCAAAGACGAUGAAACCCCCAGACACUGAAGACACCUCGUUGCAGAAGCAAGUGCAGCUUCAAAAAGACGUUCUGAAACUCAACAAUGAGAAUGCAGAGAAGUCAGCUCAGCAGUUUAGUGCCAUGUUUUGGAAUCUGGAAGCGUAUGUUCCCGCCGCAGACCCCGACAGCGGCGAAGAUGUGGAAGUUACCGAGGAGGUGGUUGAAGUGGAGGAGAUAGUGGAGGAGGUCAUCGAAGAGCUAGAGGAGGAGGAAGCACUGAAGGGAGAAGAAGUGGUGGAAGAAGUGGUGGACGAGGUGGUGGAAGAGCUGGAAGUGGUAGAGGAACUUACUGUAGAGGAUUCGCAAAAUUCUGAAUCGGACAACAACGAACAAUCAAAUUCAAGUGACGAUUGCGAAGACACCUUCCUGGACGCCAAGAUGGAGGUCAGCGUCAGCAGCGGCUCCUUUGAGACCGAAGAACUUGUUGUGGUGGAGGAAUACACCGAGGUGCUGGAAGUUGACGAGGUGGAGGAUGAAAAGGAGGACAAGAAUGAGGACAAGCAGAAGCCGCAGGAACAGAACCAGAACCAGGCUGGGCUUGAGUCCCAGUUUGAUCUGAAAGAAACAUUGGAGCCAGAGAGGGAUGAAAACAAAGCCGAGCCCGAGGACGAAAAUGAGCCUGAGGAUCAACCCAAAUACUUGAUUGACACCGCUCCUCCCCCGGCAGCGCCGUUUAAUCACCGCAUCGUGUCGGCCAAGCCCAACCAGAUCAGCAACUUCUACACCAUCAACUGGCAGGAAGUCCUGGGAGGGGGUCGUUUUGGCCAAGUGCACAAAUGUGUUGAAAACUCAUCCGGUCUGACGUUGGCGGCCAAGGUCAUCAAGGCCAAGUCUCAGAAAGAAAAGGAAGUGGUGAAGAACGAAAUCCAGGUUAUGAACAAUCUGGACCACGCCAACCUGAUCCAACUCUACGCAGCGUAUGAGUCCAGGAAUGACAUCAUCCUCGUGCUGGAAUACGUGGGCGGAGGCGAGCUGUUUGACCGGAUAAUCGAUGAAAACUACACGUUAAUGGAGCUGGAUGCCGUGGUGUUCAUCAGGCAGAUUUGUGAGGGCCUGCAGCAUAUGCACAAGAUGUACAUCCUCCAUUUGGACUUGAAGCCGGAAAACAUCUUGUGUGUAAGCAGGGUGACCAAUAAAAUCAAGAUCAUCGACUUUGGCCUCGCCAGGACAUACAAACCCAGGGAGAAGUUGCGAGUCAAUUUCGGUACGCCGGAGUUCUUGGCCCCGGAAGUCAUCAACUACGACUUUGUGUCGUUUAACACGGACAUGUGGAGCCUCGGCGUCAUCACGUACAUGCUUCUGAGCGGCCUCUGUCCUUUCCUGGGCGACGACGACAACGAGACGCUCAACAACAUUUUGGCCUGCCAGUGGAAUUUUGAAGAGCAAGAAUUUGUGGACACGUCUGAAGAGGCCAAAGAGUUCAUCACCAGGCUCCUCGUCGUCAAUAAAACCUGGAGGAUGGGAGCGUCCGAGGCCCUGAGACACCCUUGGCUGUCUGAUUCUGCCCUUCAUCAUAAACUUAAUACCAAGAAAACUAUGUGCCGAUCUCGACGGUCGUCAUGUGUGCCCCCAACAGACAGUUGAGGGCACCACGAUGGCUCCAAGCUGUGGCCACUCCGGACCAAGCUACCUGUCCCCUCACACAACAACACUUUGAAAAGAGUGAAAUUGUAAUAUACAUAAAAACUUUUUUUUUUAACUUUGCUUGGCAUUUAAAAGCCAUUUUACUGUACGACCCUGAAAACAUUUUUUUCUUAAUAAAUCACUGGCAACAGGCGGAAUAAUAUCCUUGUCCCAAAUCAGCAUUUUUCAGGAGACCCUUAAAACGGCACAUUUGGUCAUUUCAUCUUCAAAAAGCGUGAGCUAAUUCUGACAGUAGAUUUCUCAAAUAUUUGUCAAAAAAAAAAACACAAGUGAACUGAGCAUUAGUACAAAUUUGUGAGAAAAUUAUACCAAAUUAUGACUCGUUUCAGAUGACACCAGUGAUAUAUAUUUUUUUUUAAAAAAGCAUUGGAUUAUUUUUUUUUUGCAUUUGCUAUUCGGACACACCUGAUUGAACUUAUCUAGCUGCAUUGAACACGCAAAAACCAAAGUGAGUCUCACUUAGUGUUACAACAUUGAUUUGAAUGUAGUCUGCAUAUUAUUCUGCCUAUUAUUGUCUUCACUAAGAGUUUGUGAAAGGUGUAAUUAUGAUUCUAUACCACAACUGCAGCAUAAUUAUUAUUUUUUGUCACACACACAUCCUCUCUGUGUAUUUUUUGGUCGACAAAUCCGAACAAUAUAACAUCCAUGUGGCCUACUGUAUGUUGUUGCUGUCAUGUAGUGCGCACUUUAUAACAAUAUUUAUUCAAGUAUAAUCAAAACCUAUGUAGGUUCCACCGCUCUGUUUCUAUUUCUUAAUGCAUCAACAAAAUGUCUUAUCAGCUGAUUGCUUCACUCUGUAUUACUGCACAAAACUAGUAUUUUUUUAUUUUUAUCUUUUUUUUGUAAUUGUACUGUAUGCAUGAGCUGCAAAGCCACGCCGGCCGGCGCCACUUGAUCAGAUGCUUGGUUCCGCCUUCUGUGAAGGCUCAAUGUGUAAGUGAAAGGAACACACUAUCUACCUGUUGUUGCCUCAUAAGUGGAUGACACUUAGUACGCACAUUUGCAGGGUUUCUUGUUGAAAUGUCAGAAUGUUUGGAUUGUUGACGUUCAAUAGAUUACUCUCACACAAUUCAGCAUGAUUUGUUUUUUGUAGAGUGUAAAUGUAAACACGCAUUAAACUGAUGUCUCAAA